AUGGACAGUACUCGACUCGGUGCAAACCUAGAGCCAACCCCCGAGCUUCCUGGCUAUCUAGGGGCGACUAGUUACUCGGCUAUUCUUACGGAGCAUCGCAGUAAUCUUCCGUUUGAAAUAGAUCAUGGUGCAGUGACAGGUACUUCGGUUAGCGCUGUCGACCCAGACCGUCUUAGGGCUGGUCUAGAGCUAUUGAAACUUAUUUAUGACUUUCCGAUCUAUGAUGUUUUGGUCCGGAAGCUCUACUCCAAGAAAGCAAUCGUUGUAGUUCCGAUUGCUAUUAUUGACGCAACUAUAGAGUCUAUCCGGAGUACCUUUGACAGUCUGGACAUUAGAAGCGACAUUGAAGCCCAGUUCCAGGCCUUGGUCUAUCAGAUAUCCCAUAAUACUUCAAAGCCACUAACCACACAUCGCUUGAUGACUGUCCAUGAGUAUUGCGCCUCAUUUACUGGCAAGAACCUUCGAUGGGAAUCUCUUGGGAUAGUCCUGUCUAUCUCUGGGAUAUCCUUGAUGUCUACAUCGGACAAUGAUCCGGACCUUGUUCAGGCAGCGCCUAGCAGUGAAGCUCGUGAGAGACUGCGCGCUCAGAUCGUGGAGGCAAGCAGCAUCUGUCUCAAUUUCUGUGACCAGGCAUCUUCAAUCAACGAAUUACUGGGCUUUGCUCAGUAUAACGAUGUCAUGUUGAAAACUCAACAUUUUGGCGACACAAGCUAUCAAGCUUGGCGCCGACUGGGCGACUUGUCAGCUACAGUAUAUGCUGCUGGCUUUCAUCAGGAAAGCUCGCAGGCUGAUGAUUGCCCAUUCUUCCUCCAACAGUGGAGAAAGAUAUGUUUCGCCUCUGCCUUUUAUGCAGAUAAGGCGAUAGCCACCUUCGUGGGGCGACCGCCAUUUAUUAAUUAUCGAUACUGCUCGCUGACACCUCCCAUGGACUUGCAUGAGGAUGUUCUAGUGGCAGGGGGUGAAGAUCUCACCAAUUCCAUUUCAAGCCUGAAUAUGGAAGGUUGGAGCACCCAACGGCAAAAUUACAGGGCGAGCAUGAUACGUCUUCGGUUCAUCUUUUCUGUGUACAGGGAUCAGGCUCUCGAGGUAGCACUGGGAACAGGUGAUGAUUGGGAUUUAGUCCAAAAGUCCAACCAAAUCAUCGAGAAAGCGCGAGCCACAUUGGAAGCAGCCCCACCUUUUAUUCGAUACGACGUUCACGGGCAGAGCGAGGAUGCGGAAUCAUACGCUUCGUCUUUUCCCAGUCUCCACAUGUACCUCGACUACCUCUACACGAUUUUCCUCCUCCAGAGGGUUCUGGUAAAACGCACGAAUGCAGGGCAAGAGGCGUUGAUCCACACGUCGCGAGAAGCCCUUUCAAUCGUUAUCAGGAUAGGCUCCGAAUGUGAGCCGUCCAUGGACUUGAACAGACACUAUUCCUGGCUGAUAUUGUACUAUGGAGUACCCAGUGCCAGUGUCCUGAUCCUUGAACUUCUUCAUCAAACCCAGGAAAUCGGACCGCACUCUGUCAUGUUGCCUCGCGCGGAAAUCAUUCGCAAUCUAAGUGUAUUUCUAUCAUGUCUGUCGUGGGUUCCACGUCCAACCUUUGGUAACUAUCAGACCUGCAAGGAAGCCGAGAAGAAACUGUCCCAUAUUCUCGACCAAAUCAUUGACCCGCAGCCUAUCCAGCGAGAUGUCUUCAACGACGUGACCUCUGGUCUGGACAGCUUCUUGGAUUGGUAUAAUCCCAGUAACUGGGACUUCAACACUGAUUUCCUGUCUUCCACCGACGGCUUUGGUCUUGCAAGGAAUUAG